AUUGAAUGAACUCUUCCAUAUGUCGAGAAAUUCUGGCGUGAUUAGCUGCCACAUGUGAAAAACUUAGGCUAUUAUGAAAGUCCUUGAGAACAUUCUUCACUAUGUUGUAUGUCAGCACACAGCGGCAAGUCUCUCGAGCUUGACACAGUAGAACUGGUGCUUUUCUUCUCUCCCCUCGCAACACACACCCCAUCCCUGCCGCUCAUCAUGUACCUUCCGUUAAAUACUGUCAUUACGGCUACAAGCCUUCUUGCCGUCUCCCAACUCAAUGAUCUAAACCUUGCCACAAACAAUCUACUACUAUCGGCCUCUUCCGUCACUUUGAUAGCCCGUCAAGACGAGGCAAAGCCGCCGCCACCGCCUCUUGUUACAUCGAUCCAGUUCGUUACGUCGAUAGCUCUCAUAACUUCAGAACCGACUCCCACAGUUACCGUAACAUCAACUAAACCUGAUACCUUAUCGCUGCCGCCCACAGUCCCAUCGACCACAGCAGGAACGCGGACGAGUAGUGAACAACCACCUAAAAAACUUAGCACUAUAGAGCUGUCUUCCCCGAUUUCCAGCACUACUGAUGGCAUCUCUAGUACAACUUCCGCCAGAAUAUCAGCAACCACAGCUACCACUGUCCCAACCCAGACUUCACAUCCAGAAGCAAACGCCGGACCCUGGCUAAGCGCAGGGAAGAUCGGCGGAAUAGUCGUUGGCUCCGUCUUUGGCCUCAUCAUCCUCGGCCUCAUCAUCUACACUCUUCUCGCUGCUUCCCGUGGCAUCAACGUAUGUGAUUGUUUCGGCGGCUGUUGUGGCAAACACCACGACGACGAUGAAAAUGGUCGCGAACGUUUACCUUCACGGUCAGACGACACGUAUCCGCGUCCGGAUGUCCUUCAUUCUGGUGCUGGAGAGGGCUACAAGUCUUAUCGUCCUGCGCGCUCGAGUGGCGAUAACCCACCUGUUCCGCUUCCCCUGGUGCUGCCGGAGCAGAUGGAGACGCAGCAGAGACGCGCGGGGAGACUGCAGAGGGGGUAUCGGGGUGUUGAGGUAUAGAGCGAUCAUAAGUUUGUAGAAGUUAUCUAGACGAUAACAAUGGCGUGUUAUCUGCUUCUCCAUCAUCGCGCAAUGCUAACAUGGAUUUUCGUUGCAUUGACAUUGCCUUGAUGAGCGUUGUAGUUCUUUAUUGGGACUUGGUUGCGAGUGGGUGCCGGAAACUAAUUACU